AUGGAUGUAGUAGAAGCCUUUUUAGAAAAAUGUAUUCAAGAAACAUUCAUAAACGAGAGACUUGGAAGUAGUUUAAAGGCAUAUUCAUGGAACAAAGUUAAACUAGUUUUGGAGACUUCUCAUGGCUUUAGCGUCACGCAAAAGCUGAUGAAGAAUCAUUAUGAUUAUCUAAAAGAAAAGUAUCAAGCUUGGUUUCCAAUAUCCAAAAAGACUGACAAUAUUUAUGACCCAGCAACCAAUACCAUUCUAAUGUCAAAUAGUGAGUGGGAUGAGUACAUAAAGGCUCAUCCAAAAACAAAGGCAAUGAAGACUUCGCCUUUAUCCUUCCCAGAUCUUUGUACAAAAUUUUUUGAGGGUUCUACAGUAACAAAAAUUCAUGGUUGGAGUCCAAGCUGUACAUAUCCCCGCCCUGGUGUCUCUUUUGUAUCUACUACUAUAGAUGUAGAUACACUUGAUAGCAUCGAAGAUCUAGUUAGUAAUAAGAACGAUGGAGCUCCUACUGAUUAUCCAUCUCAGUCUUCAGUUCCAAUUGAAAAGAAACCUUUAGGAAAAAAAAAAUCUGCAUCGUCUCAAUUGGACAUUGAAGAGAAGAUGAGUAUUGCAUUAGAGUUAUUGGUUUAA